UAUCUGGAACAGUAGGAUGGCGCCAUUUGCCGUUGAAACCAUGAACCACUCACUGCCACUCCAGCUACUACUACUAUACUCACUACUCUUCACAAUUUCCUCCGCCUCAAUUCCUUCCCUUUCCCAACAAAUUGAAGCACCGGUGUCCAGCAGCAACGAAAUUCUCUUCCCUAUCCGUAGAGAGGUUUACGGCAAUGGUCGAAUCUUCGACAUCACUCACCGAUACUCCCCAGAGACCCCGUGUUGGGAUUUCCAGGAAAAUGGGCUCGGCCAGUUUGUCUGGUUGACGAGGACCAUGAAGAACGGCUCCGAAGCCAAUUUCUCCCAGUUUAAGCUUCCCAAUCAUGCCGGCACGCACGUCGACGCUCCUGGUCACAUGUUUGAUCAUUACUUCGACGCUGGAUUCGAUGUCGAUACGCUCGAUUUGGGAGUGCUCAAUGGUCCUGCACUGUUGGUGGAUGUACCAAGGGACGCAAAUAUAACAGCUGAAGUUAUGAAGUCCCUAAAUAUCCCCAAAGGAAUAGUACGCGUGUUGUUCAGAACACUAAAUACUGACAGGAAGCUCAUGUAUAAAAAGAAAUAUGACACAAGCUAUACUGGAUUCAUGAAGGAUGGAGCUAAAUGGUUGGUGGAGAAUACUGACAUCAAACUUAUUGGACUUGAUUACCUAUCGGUUGCAGCUGAUGAUGACCUGAUUCCAGCUCACCUUGAGCUUCUGGAAAGCAGAGAAAUCAUUCUGGUGGAAGGCCUAAAACUGGACGACAUUGAGACUGGAUUAUAUACGGUUCAUUGCUUGCCUCUGAGGUUGUUAGGAGCAGAGGGAUCACCAAUACGAUGCAUUCUAAUCAAAUGAAAAUUAUCUCAAUCUGAAGUUUGAAUUAAGGCAUCAUGGGAAUCCUUCAGCUUUCAAAUUAUGGAGUUCUGUAUAGUUUUAAGCAUCUUCUUUGUUGUUUUGCAUAUGUGGACAGCUUAUAUUGUUUAAAGGUAUUAAAUGUAGUAAAAGACUUUUAUAUGUAUAUAUAUAUACACACAUACACCUAUGAGAAUUGUAGAAAGCAAAACAGAAUCAAGAAUCUAUCAAUAAAGACUUGAAGACUUGUCCAAA